AUGAACCUACUUGCCGGUUAUUCCGACUCAGAAUCCGAUGGCGAAGCGCCGCCCGCACCGAAAGUAGUCGCAAAGCCGACCGCGAAGCUCGCAUUUCAGAAAGUCGUCGAUCGCUCGAAUCCAGGACGUAUCAAGGUCAACCUUCCCGGCGCGUCGCAGUCACGAUCCGAGAAUGUUCAGGAUGAUGCGCCACCGGCGAAGAAAGCGCGACUGGGCGGGGGUUCAUCGUUUGGCGGCUUCAACGCAAUGUUACCUGCACCGAAGAAGCCAAAUGUGAACGCCAUUUCAGCAUCCGAAGGCUCAAAGACAGGGAAUAGAGGGUUGGGGAAGGGUCUCGCUUCUGGUGUCAAUCUGAAGACUGGUGCAGAGCCUGCAUUCAAAAGGGAGUCAAAAGUAGAAGCAGAGGAGUACGAUGAGACUGGCAAUCCGAUCAAGAAGGAGCCUAUGAGGAGGGAAGAUUUCAGGGCUAUGCUAAACUUGCCAACACCUAAAUCAGAGACCAAAGCAGAGGCCAAGCCAGAAAUAACGGCACAAGAACCGAAAGCAGAGCCGGAGUCGCAGCAGGUACCCAAACCUGCGGCGCCGCGUUUUGUACCUAUGUCUGUCGGCAAAGGCAAGAAAAAGAAGCCCGUGGCUCCUCGGCCAACAGCAACAUUAAAUGAGACGAGCACUACGACAAGCACAAAUGCAAGCGCAUCCGCGUCGCAACCGCAACAACCACCUCCCGACACUAAGCCGCGGAAGCCGAAGGUCUCCCUUUUUAGCGUCUCAAAUGAAGCAGAACCAGCACUCAAGGAGACAUCCGGCGGCCAGUAUCAACCACUUCUUUACGGCACAGAAGAAGGACAGGAUGUUGCUAUGGCAGAGGGAGCCUAUAAUAUGCCACCAGCAAAUGAGGCAGCACAAUAUGCUUCUCCAUCCACAGGUGGAUCGAAUCCUCAUGACCUGACCAACAUUGCUUCUGAAUUGAACCUAUCGGAAGCAGAACGCCGCCAACUAUUCGGUAAGAAAGGACGCGGUGGGCCAGACUUUUCUGGUGCCACGAUCAAGGAUUUCAACACAGACAUGGAGUAUGCCCAUAAUGAGAAGUUACGGCAACAGGGUGAAGCGGUGCAGCACAAUCCACUCAAGUCUAUAUCUGGCACUGGGAAGAACAGUCUCCGAAGCUUGGUAAACGUUGCGACUACCCAGAAGGAUGCACUGGAGGAUCAUUUCGCUGCUGGUGCUCGGAAUAAGAGAGAAGCAGGCAACCGUCGAUCGCAGAUAUACAGGCUAUCUUUCAAUACAACAGCCACAUCGUCCUCAACUGUCACUGAGAACCCCAACGCCAUCAUCUCCUCAAACAAUGAGGGAACCUUCAGCGCCGCUGUCUCUGCCACGAUUUCUUUUCCCCGGCUUGAAGCCGUUGAGCGACUGGCGCUCUCCAUUGUCGUUGACUUGAAGAUGCGUAAGCUCAGCACGGGUUUGUCGGUGGUUCGGGUUCUCAACCCGCUCAUUGAGCGCAUCGAACCGCGCGUAACGCAGUUCUCCGAACAUGACGCCGCUCUCAGCUGGAAGCUGAUGGGCAUCAAGGCCCAUCAAGUGAUGAAGGCCUUUGGAUUCUCUCUAAGCAAUGAUACUGAGAGGUUCGUUCUUGCCAAGAUGAGAUGGAAGAGGGUGAUGAAGGCGGUCAAGGAGGAUGAGCAGAGGACUGAGAGGCUUGAGGAAAAACAGGGCGAAGUUGGGUUUGUGAGUCGAGGCUGA